AUGAACGCUUUAAAGGAUUUGCCAAUGUUUCAAAGUACUCUGAAUAUGUUCAAUAUAUUAGAGGCUGUAUUUGUUCAAUUCUCACGCCCUUCUAACUAUUCAAAAUUAUCUGAAAUCCAGUCAAAACUAAGAAUAAAAAAAGCUAUUAUUACUAAUGUUUUAAGAAUUUGUGACACAAGAUUUGUCGAGCUCUCUAAAACUAUAUCUGAUAUAAUGCUAACACGGCCUGAUGGCCCAGAAAUGAUAACAGUUGGACGGCUCCAAGAGGUAAAUGAUAUAAUUGUGGUUUUGAGUCCUCUGGAAAUUGAGAUGUCAGCUGAGAACUUUGUUACAAUUAGUAAGGUUUUACCCAUUGUCAGUUGCUUGACCAAUGGUGUAAGUUCUCAACUACCCAAGACUGAAUUAAGGGAAAACCCGCGCUUUAAGAACUUACAUUUCAAAGACCCGGCCGCCUGUGCUAAUGCCAUAAAAAAACUGAAGGAAAUGGUUUCUAACAACAAAAUGUCACUAUCGUCGUCUUCAGAAGAAGAAACCAAUGAAAGUUCGCAAUACGUCUGGGAAUACCAUCAAGGACUAGCCCAAAGACGGACUAGGGCAUCCAGCAAAACUUGGGAAGAUAUGAAGUCGGUAUACCCAUUGAUUCAUAUGGAAGCUCAGAAAGUAUUUUGUGUGGUUGCGACAUCUGUUCCGUCAGAAGGGCUGUUUUCAAAAGCUGGAGCUACUCUUUCCAAAGAAAGAAACCGAUUAUUGGGGGAAAGACUUUCAAAGCUGUUGUUCCUGGGGUUGAUAGAUGACACUUAUUGGUUUUAG